GCAGGCAGCGAGUAUGACCCAGCACAGGACCUCAUGUGCAUCGAGCAUUUGAUUCCGUUCGUCUUUGAAGCACAAGACUCUGACAUAGGCAUGCUCGCUCGGGAAGGUAUCCUGGCUGUGGGUGUACACUCAAAUACCUUGUGUGGGUUGCGGCGGUUUUUGGUGGGAAGUUCAAGCCUGAUUCCCGUGCUGGCGGCAGGACUGGGCGCAAAGUACUCGUCACUUCAGACAUCUCUUGACUCAACAAAGCCGAGCAUGAAACAACUGAACAAUCACAUGUACGAUGAGUUCAUAUCAUCCGUAGACUUCAUCAACGCCGUCGGGAGUAAAUGCCACCCCGAUCUAUAUAUAGAACUACACAUGCACGUGGUCACCGGCUUCCUACGUCCCGUUAUUCGUCCCGCUUUGGGCGUGACGGAUUCGGGCGAUAAUCAGAUAGUGGGUAUUGGCUAUCUAGAGGCGAUCGUAUCACACUGCCACACGAAGGAGCUUAUCGACUAUGACGAUCUGUUGCAAGAAGGUAUGUGUGUGUUAGUGGGUAUUGGCUAUCUAGAGGCGAUCGUAUCACACUGCCACACGAAGGAGCUUAUCGACUAUGACGAUCUGUUGCAAGAAGAACACAGUGAGUCCGCCGACGAUGUUGCGUACUUUGAUUUGAUACUAUCAGACAGCCACGCUCAAUUGUGGUGUAGGGGUGACAGCAAACCAUUUACAGCCGAGAAAGUCCAGGACCACUAG